GAAUCUUAAGAUAAUAUGAAAAUAAGAAAAUAUAGCCUGAUUUCUCCAGACAUUUAUUAGUACUUAUGAGAUUCAUGAUGCAAAAUGCUGCACUAAUGUUUUGUUACAUGACACAAAGACGUUAAAGUGACCCAUGAUACUAAAUUGUCAGAUGAAAAUAAACAGAUUAAAAUCCAGCCCAAAUACAUGCUAAUACCUUUUUGAUUCCGAAUAAGUCUGCUAUUCUAGAACCUAUUUGACCUACACGUGCCAUGGUGUCCAUCAUGUGUGCCAGCUUAUAUCAACAUGAUAACUUAUCAAUUUGUCUUUUUUAUUGUCGCUUCGCCUGCAGAAAAAAAACAUAGUAGGCUGCCGUAGUGGGGGACAUAACAGAAUCCAAAAUCUUCUUUUUAUCGUACAAACGUAUGCAAAUCAUCUAUAAUAUGUUUUUUUCUAACCGUGGCGGCACAUUUCCAUAUGCUUCUGAGAUGUUGAUUUAGACGGCCGACGACUGAAGCUAUCUUAUAAGGCUGGGGACGUGCCCUGGAGCAAAGGAAGAAAGUAUUACAAGAGAUGUAUGUUCUGGCACUUUGUGUCACAUGGUGAGUAAGAAAUGCUCCAAUCCUGGCCUUACAUACCCCCGCUAUACAUCUAUGGGUUAAUCAGUGUUGGAGAUGUACAGGGAGACUAGCGGAGGUGCUGUGCGUGGGUGAGUGGGUAUUAGCCCACCUGCCGUUUUAUUACCUUAAAGCUGGCGGAUUUACCUUACUCAUGUCGCUUGGAGCAAGAGGACAAGAGCCUCUGAGAAGGUAAUCCUCAUUUCAGUCAAUGUAGGUCAAUCAGCAGGCGGCCGAGCACACCGACGUGGACAUGUGUGGGGUGAGAAUGGUGACAUCGCGCGCAUGCUGCCCGUGCCUGGCUUUCCUUUUGUCGUUGACGACCAUAGGCCUUACCAUCACAGCCUUCGUGACGUCGAAUUGGACAGAAGGAACGGAGAAGGUCAGAGGGUCAGUGGAGGACUACACCCGCAAGAUAAACGGGUCCAAAAUACAAAUCAGCCACUGGAAACUCUACAUAACAUUUCACUGCGGGUACUGGACCCUCUGUCGGGAGAGUAGGAUAAGAGGACAAGAAGAACGGUGCGACUCGUUCAUCCAGCGACUUCCCCGUGCCGAGGUGCCCAAGUUCAUUGGUGCCAUUGCAGCCGAGUGUGGGUCCAUUUGUCUUCUGUUAAUAGGACUGUUUUGCCAAAUGGGUAGUUGUUGUUCCUCUCAGCCGUCCAUGCACCGCGUCGCGGCCCUGAUGUCCGUAACAUCAGGGUUAGUCUCCUUCCUCGGCAGAAUCUUCUUCAUCAUCGUCCUCAACCGGAACGUGGAAAGCGACGGAGACAUCUGGAGACCCGUGGACUGGUGGUACGGCUGGUCCUUCAAGAUCGGAUGGCUUGCCUUUCUCUGCGACAUGAUGUCUUCGAUCGCAAGUUUGCAGGCGUUCAACACUACCACAGCGGAGAUCAACCAGGCUAAGCGAAGGGCUCAAGUGAAGAAAAUGGAGGAGAUCAUAGAUCUACAACUCAUCGCCAGUAGACCAACCGUUGAGACAAGAUGUUAAGUAUCCCCGUAUUCUAUUGCUACUAAGAACUCUCAUAUCAUCAAUAUCACGACAGAAAAGACCAGAAGAAAACGAAUCAUGUAAGGCCCCAGUAAGUAAAUUUUAUGGAUGACAUCCUCUGCAGGCUGCAAAAAUAGUGCGAUAGGGCGAAAAAAAAACAAGA